AAUACUCCGCAAUAACUUCAGUUUAUAGUACCAACUGGGAGUGUCAUCCCUUUUCCCUAAUCGUCUAACAUGAUGAUAUCUUCGCUCACCUCCCCCCCUAUUGGAAUGGUUCGUUCUAGUAGGUCCCGGGACGGAGCUCUUUCCGUCUUGCCGCUGCCGCGCUGCCUUGUGGGAGCAUGGGAUUGGCCUAGGAUGCCGCGGGGAGCCGCGGUACCUUGUGGGCGAGCAGAAGAAUGGCGGCGCCCGUAAGGCGGACUCUGUUAGAGGCGGCGAAGGGCUGGCGGCGGUUCGAGGGGCACUGGGCCGGUAGCCUUGGCUCCCGCAGCCUGGCCCCUGCGGCCGCACCCUUGAGCAGCGGGUCUCCAUGGCGCUUGGUGGGCGCGUUGUGCCUGCAGCGGCCACCGUUGGUCUCGAAGCCGCUGACCCCAUUGCAGGAAGAGAUGGCGGCUCUACUACAGCAGAUUGAGGUAGAGAGAAGUAUGUAUUCAGACCAUGAGCUUCGUGCUUUGGAUGAAGCCCAGCGACUGGCAAAGAGGAAAGCUGACUUGUAUGAUGAAGAAGAAGACGGACAGAAUGUACUGUUGGUGCAGGAUUUGGAAGAUGUAUGGGAGCAGAAAUUCCUACAGUUCAAACCUGGAGCUCGCAUAACAGAAGCUGAUGAAAAGAACGACAGAACCUCGCUGCACCGGAAGCUAGACAGGAACCUUGUUCUAUUGGUCAAAGAGAAGCUUGGAGACAAGGAUGUGUGGAUACUUCCCCAGGCCGAGUGGCAGCCUGGGGAGACCCUCCGAGGAACAGCUGAGCGAACCCUGGCCACACUGUCAGCUAGAAUUCUGACUCCCUUGGAGGGACGGACAGUAUCUGUUCUUCCCCAUCAUCCCAGCUCCCAUCAGGUACCUGGCUCACUGCUCGCGUGUUUACCGAGGAUGUAGAUUUGGCAGCAUCGGUUCCCAGUCACCUUACUUGCCCUGCCACCGGCACAAGCACGUGCUAACGAAGCAGCAGCCCCGUCGGUCCUUCCCCAAUCUGCGAGAGAGGGGGUGAGACAGAAUGGAGUGGGUGGGGACCUUAGCUGUGCUCCCAUGUCCUCAGCUGUCACCUAGGAGGUGGCAUCUGGGUGUCUCGCCAGGAUCACUGUGUUCAGAUCCUCUGCUUCUCUCACACAGUCAUGACUGAUGCUGGCUCAGCUCUGCCUCCUGUGAGCCACGUGGACAGGCUUCCAUCUCGGCACCCACUUUCCUCCUUUUAAUAUUCCCGUUGCAAUAAUUAAAUGUGAGGGGAAAUGUAUAAAAGAGGUAUUGACAUUAAACGGGUGCAUAACAAACAAAAUGUGUUGAUUGCGAAGUUAUUAAAAUGGUAAAUAAUAUAAAAUGAUUAAAGUGGCGAAGAAAAGCUCACGAAAUAUAAAAGUAUAUGUACGUGUAAAAGUCGGAGUCCGUUUAUUUCCUGCUUGUUGGCACCUCCCUUCCCAAGUCCUUCUGCAAGAUGGAAUUCCUAGAGGUGGGCUAAAUGCUCAAGGAUGGCCACUUAACUAUUUGAUAAGUACGACCCAGUUGUCCUGCAGAGUGUCCGUAACAUUUGACCUUUUCAGGAGUGGUGUAGUGGAGCGUCUGUUUGUCUAGACCCCACCAACAUAUGUAAUCAUCUCUUUUUAAUUUUUGCCUAUCUUAGUAAAACAUCUCUUCUGGAUUAGGGUUUUCCUGAUUGCUAGUGAGAUUGACCAUGUUUUCAAGUGUUUAUUGGCAUUUGUACUUAUUUGUGAGUGCCUAUUUAAAUUUUUUUAAUGUUUAUUUUUUAAUUUUUAUUUCUUUUAAAAAAUUUUUAAAAAUGUUUAUUUGUUAUUUUUGAGAGAGAGCGAGAGAGAGACAGAGCACGAGCAGGGCAUGGCAGAGAGAGAGGGAGACAGAAUCUGAAGCAGGCUCCAGGCUCGGCUCUGUCAGCACAGAGCCCAGUGCAGGGCUCAGAUGUCAUGAACUACUAAAUCUUGACUUGAGCCAAAGUUGGAUGCCCAACCGACUGAGCCACCCAAGCAUCCCUGUUUAUUUAUUUUUGGAAGAGGGAGCGAGACAGCUUGAGUCGGGGAGAGGCAGAGAGAGAGGGAGACACAAAAGCCAAAGCAGGCUCCAGGCUCUGAGCUGUCAGCACAGAGCCUGAUGUGGGGAUUGAACUCACUAACCAACUGCAAGAUUGUGACCUGAGCCGAAGUCUUAUGCUUAAGCUACUGAGCACCACGGCUCCACUGUGAGUGCCUAUUUAGAUUCUUUGCUCAUUUGAUAAUGAACCAUUUCUUUUUUCAUAUUGUUUGGCUUAUAUUUUUAAUCUGUUUUUCCAGAUUAUAGAAAAAUAAUACAUAUUCAUUGAAAUAAGUGAAAAAUUCAGGAAAGUAUAAAGAAACUUUCUAAUAAUUCCAUCACCGGUAGAUACCCAUUGCUGACAUUUGUGUGUGUGUGUGUGUGUGUGUGUGUGUGUGUGUGUGUGUGUUGCAGGUGAGCUC